AUGACACCCAACCUCUUCCUUGCCACUCAAAAGGUGUUCCAACCGCACAAAUGGUUUCGCGCGUCCAAGACUGAGCGACCUGUGAGGGUCACUGAAUACUGGACCACCCCUGUGCCUGGCCAAUACGAAUACAUCCCGGGCCGUGGCUGGUACCUAAUUGCAAAAGUCAAGGACGUACCUUUAGAAUCCGCAGACUCUAAAGCCUCUGGAGAAGGUUCAUCUUCCCCAGAGACGUCGUCGCAGCCACGCGAGUUUGACAAGCUCGAGAAGCCGAUCCCAGUUCAUCGGUCCCGUGUGUUAGGUCGCUACCUUCUAGAGGACGAUUACAAGCGCCGCAAGCGAACGACCCAGAUCAAGAACGAGCGCGGAAGAAAAGUUGAAGCUGGCUUCUUUCAGCUCGACAAUGGUGUUGCAUGGGUUCACUGCUGGGAUGAACAUGGCACUUUCAUUCCUGGAUCUACGUCUGGCUACAAGCUCUGGUGUAUCGACUCUGCGACCAACGAAUUUCGACAUAUGCGAAAAGGCGACGACCCAAACUUCAUACGAUCGCGACCUGUUUCACGUGAGCACGAGCCCGAUGCCGAUGCUCGCAGUCAAGAGUCUGUCAGCACUGCCUUUCGCACUGGUCCUGGCAGCGUCCGAGAUGGGCCCAGCGCACCUAGUACGAGAGCGAGCAGCAUCCGAGGAGCUCUUUCUCCAAUUUCUACCCCUUCCAGCCGUGCGCAGUCAAGGCGCAACAGUCCAAAGCGCAACAAUAGUGUACCUCUGGAAGAGGCUAAGGCUGCAUUGAGGCUCAUGGCCAAGGAACAUCAAGAUGCCGUCGCAGCCGCUGCUGCUGCGCGAACGCGCACUAUCUCUUCAGACACUGUUCCGCGCGUCGAACGAGGACGACCCAUGACGCGCGUUGCCAACUAG